AUGACCUCCAGGGACGACUCCAAGUGUCCGGCGGUGCUUGGGGAGCGGAGGCGCAGUCCGCUGGACCAGCUGCCGCCACCGGCCAACUCCAACAAGCCGCUGACGCCUUUCGGCAUCGAGGACAUCCUCAACAAGCCGUCGGUGAGGAGGAGCUACUCCCUGAGCGGCGCGGCGCGCCACGUCUCCCCCGGAGAGAAGCUGUCCUCGGCUUGCCACGGCCUGUCCGGCCGGGCGCUGCUCAGCCAGACCUCCCCGCUCUGCGCGCUGGAGGAGCUGGCCAGCAAAACCUUCAAGGGCCUCGAGGUCAGUGUGCUGCAGGCCGCCGAAGGCCGGGACGGUCUGACGGUCUUCGGCCAGAGGAACAACCCCAAAAAAAGGCGGAAGUCUCGCACGGCUUUUACCAACCACCAGAUCUACGAGCUGGAGAAGCGCUUCCUGUACCAGAAGUAUCUGAGCCCGGCGGACCGGGACCAGAUCGCCCAGCAGCUCGGCCUGACAAACGCGCAGGUCAUCACCUGGUUUCAGAACCGGCGGGCCAAGCUCAAGCGAGACCUGGAGGAGAUGAAGGCGGACGUUGAGUCCGCCAAGGUCACGGGUAGCGUGGCCCUCGAGAAGCUCGCCAAGCUGGCGGAGCUGGAGAAGUGCGCGGCCGGCGUUCUGGCCGGGGGGACCGUAUCCGCGCCCGGCCGUGACAAGCCGGACCCGGUCUUGUCGCGGUCCCGGUGCGCCACCACCGAGGGCCUCGACUACAGCAGAGCGCGUGUGUCGCCGACCUCGCCAGCAUCGUCGUGGUGCACAGACCGGCUGAGCAGCAAGUGUUGCUCGGAGGAUGAAGAUGAGGAGAUUGACGUGGAUGACUAA